AACUGAGACCUCAAGAAGGAAAACCAAAAGGGGGUGGGGAGCAGGCUGUUGCCCAGCUUCCCUGGAUCAUGCUCAGGCCACCUUCCUCUCUUGGUGGCCCCGGGACAAAAAAUAUCUCCUAGGCUGAUGACCCAGAGCACCUGUCACCCCCUCCCGGAGAGCUCAGAGCCCCAGAGCUGCAGGAGCAGCGCGGGAGCCCUGUUCUGGAAGCCGGCAGUCCCCUGGGCCUUCCCCGGGGCGCUGGGGAGGGCCGGGCCGACCAUGCCCAGCCUGCUGCUGCUGGCCGCUGCGCUGCUGUCCAGCUGGGCUCAGCCUCCAGCCGAAGCCAGCUCCUGGUGGUCAUUAGCUAUGAACCCAGUGCAGAGACCCGAGAUGUUUAUCAUUGGUGCCCAGCCUGUGUGCAGCCAACUUCCUGGGCUCUCCCCUGGCCAGAGGAAGCUGUGCCAGCUGUACCAGGAGCACAUGGCCUACAUCGGGGAGGGGGCCAAGACGGGCAUCAAGGAGUGCCAACACCAGUUCCGGCACAGGCGAUGGAACUGCAGCACGGUGGGCGACUCGUCUGUGUUUGGGAGAGUCAUGCAGAUAGGAAGCCGGGAGGCGGCCUUCACCUACGCGGUGAGCGCGGCCGGCGUGGUGGACGCCAUCAGCCGGGCCUGCCGCGAGGGGGAGCUGUCCACGUGCGGCUGCAGCCGGACGGCGAGGCCCAGGGACCUGCCGCGGGACUGGCUGUGGGGCGGCUGCGGGGACAACGUGGAGUAUGGCUACCGCUUCGCCAAGGAGUUCGUGGACGCCCGGGAGCGGGAGAAGAACUUCGCCAAAGGGUCGGAGGAGCAGGGCCGGGUGCUCAUGAACCUGCAGAACAACGAGGCGGGGCGACGGGCUGUGUAUAAGAUGGCAGAUGUAGCCUGCAAAUGCCACGGCGUCUCGGGAUCCUGCAGCCUCAAAACCUGCUGGCUGCAGCUGGCUGAAUUCCGCAAGGUGGGGGACCAGCUGAAGGAGAAGUAUGACAGCGCCGCGGCCAUGCGCAUCACCCGCAGAGGCAAACUGGAGCUGGUCAACAGCCGCUUCAGCCAGCCCAGCCCUGAGGACCUGGUCUAUGUGGACCCCAGCCCCGACUACUGCAUGCGCAACGAGAGCACUGGCUCACUGGGCACGCAGGGCCGCCUGUGCAACAAGACCUCGGAAGGCAUGGAUGGCUGUGAGCUCAUGUGCUGUGGCCGCGGCUAUGACCAGUUCAAGAGCGUGCAGGUGGAGCGAUGCCACUGCAGGUUCCACUGGUGCUGCUAUGUGCGGUGCAGGAAGUGCACGGCGGUUGUGGACCAGCACGUGUGCAAAUAGCAGGGGCCUGCCUCUCCACUUGCUCACGAAGUCUGUAUUAUAUAAAGCUAUAUGAAUCUAUAUUUGUAUAGAUAAAUGUAUGGAUGAUAAUUAAAGAAGAACAUGGAAAGGAAAA